UCUGCCAUAACUUGCAUCAGAGCGGGCGCGAGCCUGACAAGGACGAGAAAUCGGCAACACACAAGUUCAUUAUAUCUCAUAUUUUUAUGAUUGCAGCAUGCCAUGAACGGCACUCCCCGGCUCCGGUCUGCUUUUCCGCAGACACCUCAAACUGCUUCGAGAUUCAGAGACUACAAUAGUCAACCCCCGUCCAAGCCUAGGUUCCCGAAUGGGGUAGUUCAAAACCCAUCCGUCAACGUUGCCAAAAGCCCGGCUGUUACGAAUCCGCCUCUAAUACCAGCUACUGUUAUUGACGCCCCGUCGCAGCGAUUAUAUGUUGCCGCUUUUUACCUGCUUCUUAAUACUUGGCGUGUAUACGAGUCCUGGACUGCAUCUGACGAUCUUGAUUCUACUUGGCUAUUCCUUAAAUGGGCAGCUGUCGAUGGAGUCUUUCUUUUCGGCUUGCAGGCGCUGCGGAUCCCCUGGUUAGAAUGGGCUUUUCCUACAACACUAGCGGUCUUCUUGCUUCAUGUUGCUGGAAACAUCUUCCUCAUGUUUCAAAUCCCAAUUCCCGUAGGUGCUUGGGUCGGAGGGGCAAUCAAGCUAGCCUAUGAUAGGGAACUGUCAAUAUCCGAACGGAGUGUCAAACCGGGAGACAUUAUUCACAAUGCGUCUCUCAUUCUGGGCAAGCAAAUAGUACAUAUAUUACCGGAAGGCUCUGCCAUCCUAAAUCCGGAUCAUAUACCCCUCUGUCUUGAUCCACAUAAAGCUACUAUCGAUCUUCCCAUACGUGUCAACCAGACAGACCCUAUCUUGAUCGAGCUGUUGCGUCUAGAUUAUGACACUGGUGGUAAUGAAACCAUCUCAAUUCCAGCAAGGCAGCUGAAACAGCUGAAGCGCCAAGCAGAAAAAUUCCUUCCGAAAACAGGUUCCAACCUACAUCGUGAUCUCAUGUUCCCCGUUAAGAGACCCGGAGUAUACCGACUGAAAAGAGUAGUGGACGAGUCAAAUCUUGAUGUUCAUAUGAGAUCAUCAGAUGCACUGGUUGCCUCGUGCCCUCGAGCAACGAUUAAGGAUUCCCCAACCCAUAAAUGCAGAGGAGAGCUUUCCAACCUAGUCUUGGUAGUUGAGGGCACUCCUCCUCUGAAAAUCAAAUACAGCAGGCAGGUCAAUAACCUCGACCGGGGGUUUUCUUUCCAAAACAUUCAGCCUGAUCAACUGCGCUCGCCAUUAUUAGGGCAGCGUACAAGCGGUACUCUUUUUAAUGCAAACGAACCCGAUCUGACUUGGGCUCGUAGCCAGACCAUUGAGGUCCCUCUUAACGAGUCUCUUAGCGUUGGCGGCGAUUGGACAUACACAAUUGAAGAAGUCCAUGACGGUUCAGGGAACAUCGCAAACUAUUCAAUACUGUUAGAUGCUGCGGAUCGACUAUCUACGAAAUCUCCCUCGCACUGGCAUGAAUUUUCUGUUCAUGAGAGGCCUCGACUCUCUUUGUCCGGCUGCAAUGAUCAGAGCUUCCUUGAAGUCGCGCAAGGGGCAAGCGUGAACUUACCCCUCAAGUACCAUCAGGCGGGGCAAGGGUAUGAGAACGACGGCCCCUUCUCUCUAGUUUACACAUUCAGUGGUGAGAGCCCAGUGGGUCUUGGGGACCUGCCGAGCAAAAUACGUCAGGCAUCUCUCGGGAACCUUGAUCAAAAACCGCAGAUUAAGGAACCUGGUUGGUACAGGUUGAAUUCUCUUUCCAGUCAAUAUUGCUCUGGAGAAGUGCUAGAGCCUUCAUCUUGCUAUCUACGCAACCCACCAGAGCCCGAGUUGACUAUCAAAUAUGAAAGAGUCUUUGACAAAUGUGCAAAUAAUCCUGUCGGCCUACUCGUGGACCUAGACCUGACUGGGUCCCCACCUUUCAGGCUCCGGUACGUCAUUGAACAUGCAAAAGGCGUUGAAACACGAGCCCACACUAUUGAUGGUCUCCUUGCUCAGCUCGAUUUUACACCGUCGGAGGCCGGCCUGUAUCGCUAUCGCUUUCUUGACAUCGCAGACACUGUCUACGGUCCUCAGUCCCUCAAGGAUAAAGUGCCUGUUCUUGAGCAAGAUGUGAAGCCACCGGCCUCUGCGCACUUUCUGGGGUCCAAGGGUAUGCGUAAGGCCUGUUUUGGUGAACCGGUAUCUCUUGAUGUUGCUCUCUUAGGCGAGGGUCCCUGGACGUUACAGUAUGAAGUGGUCCAUAAUGGCAAGAAGACAAAAUACACCCUGGAGUCUGAUAACGAGCUAUCCACUAUUGUCACGGAGAGGCUUGUAAGUGGUGGUGAGUACUUGGUUCUGCUCACCAGUGUCAAAGAUCGCUCGAAUUGCAAGCGAACGCUCAAGGACAGCAUCAGGGUCGACGCACGCCCCAAGCCUCCUCAUGUCUCAUUUGGCGAAAUAGAGAAAAGCCGGAGAUACUCGGCCUUGCAAGAUUCCAGCGUCGAUAUUCCGAUUAGGUUCAGCGGGGAACGUCCCUGGAACGUGAAAUACAGGAACUCAAAUGCCAGUUCCGUUGUCUUUGAGAAGACGUUUUGGCACGAGAAUAGCUUUCUAACCGUCACACAGGAUGGACAAUAUGAACUUCUUGGUGUGGCAGAUUCUUCUUGUCCCGGCUUUGUCGAUCAAGGGGGUGGCACUUUCGAGGUUUCCUGGAUACCUCGUCCACGCAUCACAGCUGUGGAUGGUUCCCCUGUCCGAUUAGAUGGUCAUAGCAUGAAACGAGAUGUUUGCCAGGGAGACGAUGACAGCCUCGAGCUCAGGCUCUCCGGACAUGCCCCUUUUAGCAUUCAAUACGAGCAACAACGCAAGCCUUUGCGCGGUUCGUCUGCUGUCCGCGUGCAGAAUUUGCGGACUGCCCUUCAUGCUGCAUCCUUAGAAAUGGAUACCUCUGAAGCCGGUUCGUACACUUACAAAUUUACAGAGGUAGGCGACAACCUCUAUGAUCAAGAUCCUGGGAUCGUACCAGUGGUCGUGACCCAAAAAGUGAACCCACUACCGUCCGCACACUUUGAUUCACCCGGCCGUAUCUAUGGGUUUUGCAAGGAAGAUGUCAGCGGUGAAGAGUUGAUUCCCAUCACUCUCGAGGGUGUCGCACCAUUCUCCCUGGAAAUAGCGAUCAAACACCAUACAAAGGCAAAACCAGAAAUAGUAUCAAUUUCCAACAUCAACGCCAACAAACACCAGCUCCCACUUCCACGGCGCCACCUUGACCUCGGGCAGCAUGUCGUCAGUAUCCGCAAAGUGACCGAUGCACGUGGCUGUCAGCAGACCACCGAUUACGAUGCCUCUUCAGUCAGAGUUGCAGUUUCGGAUGUCCCAACCAUCAUUCCGCUGGAAUCGAAAUCAGAUUAUUGCGUCGGUGAGCGACUCUCUUUCUCGCUAUCCGGCCAUGCUCCUUUCAAUGUGUUUUAUACAUUCGAUGGCGCGUCGAGAAAGGCCACCUCCAAGACCACGAAUUUCCGCCGCAUUGCAGAGAAACCAGGCGUUUUCAGUAUCACCGCUGUUAGCGAUGGCGCAAGCGGAAAAUGUAAAGCGCAUAAAAGUAUAACUAAGACAAUACACGAAAUGCCAAGUGUGAGGAUCAGCAAGGGCCAAGUGUCUGUCGUGGACAUACACGAAGGGAGUGAAGCUGAACUCCAAUUCGAGUUUUGGGGCACGCCCCCCUUUGAAUUCACUUAUGUACGAAGCUCAAAUGCUCGGAAGGGGAAGAAAACGGAGAUACUUGACGUCAAACAUGACAUCUCUUACGAGCACACAAAAUCUAUCAAAACAUCAGACGAGGGAACAUACGAAGUGGUGGCAAUCAAGGACAAAUAUUGUUCAUUCUCUUCCCAGAUACCAAUUGGGAAAACAGAAAAGGGGAUGAUGACCGGUGCAUGAGUUGAUUCAAUGGAGUGGGCCUUAUCACUUAGACCAGAAUGGAAUACCAGAAUUGUCCUUUUAGCUUCGGCUCUCUCAUUAUCAUUCCAU